GUGGUUUUGAGGACUCGGGUCAGAGAUGGGAUGUGGAAAUUCUUCACCAGCAAACAGCAGCAGCAGCUCCGGAGGUAACGCCGAGUCUUCAUCAAAGGAAUCAGGGGAGUCUGUGCCAGAAGAUGACAAAUGGAAGAACUACGGAGGUGUGUAUGUGGGUUUUCCUGCAGACCUGAGCAACAUUCCUCAAGUACAGAUAGGAUCACUCAGAGAGAAUGACAGAGACCUGAUGUCCCUCAGGAGACCGCUGUGGGGGGACGGACUCUAAUUAUAACGAAGAACCAGGUGCAGCAGAAGAAGAAACCCUGCAGGUGUUUUUUCGGCUCCUCAGUGUUUGUCAUCAGGAACUCACCUGGUCUCCGACGGGGAACAGCAGCGCCCAGCGGAGCCAAUCUCGUCCUGCAGCGUCCUCUGUGAGGACUUGAUGGGACCAGCUGGUCUGACUGGAGCCUGUAGUGGUUAGAGACAUUUGGAAACAGAUGGACUCGGGACUCGGCUGUAGGUUUUCCAGUGACUCCGCUGCAUCGUUGGCAUGUUGUGGAGGCGACGCUGAGGCGUCCAUCAGCUGGUUAUCACUAAAUGACAGACAGAGAGCUCUGAUAAAUUGACUGAAGAGAGGAUAAAUCUGCUGAUAAACAGUCAAUAAACCCAUAAAAGGACCCAAAACAUCAACAUCUGUGAAUGAAAACCUGAUAGACCUUCUUCCUGUGUGUCACAGAGCUCCACGGCCUCUAAAAACCAUUCAAACA